AUGGUCCGACUUCAAGAUUUUGAGGGAAUGCAAUACUCCCGCGAUGGGACUCCAGCUGAGAAACAGGACUACGCCUACUUCAACCAGCAAUAUGCGACCUCAACUCACGAGGAUGAUCACAACAUGUACCCAGAUCUCAUCGUUCAGCCGAAACGAGACGAAGACGUCAUUCAAACUGUAAACUGGGCCAGAGAGAACAAAGUCGCUAUCGCUAUCAAGAGUGGUGGUCACCAGUACAGUGGUGCAUCGUCUACCAGUGGCAAGAACAUUCAGAUCGACCUGAGCAACACAUACAAAGACUUGAUGGUUCUGAAUCCCCGCGACCCCAUUGACCAGGAUAAAGCACUGGUGUACGUUGGCGUCAGCAAUCAACUCAAGGACUUCAACGCAUAUCUCAAGCACAACCAACUGUUUGUCCCCCACGGACAGUGCGCUUACGUAUGUCUGGGUGGACAUGGUCAGACUGGUGGUUAUGGCCAACUGGGCCGUAGCUUUGGCCUUUUUGGCGAUCAUAUCAGAACCAUUCGUAUGGUCUGCCAUGACGGUGUCAUUCGAGACGUCUCUAAGGAAAACGAGGCCGAACUUUUUUACGCCGUGCUCGGGGGCAGCCCAGGUAAUUUUGGUAUCAUCACGCACUAUGUCGUGGAAGUAUAUCAGGCCAAGAGUUACAUAGGGACAGUUUCCGGUCCAGAUGGAUUCAAGGGACCACAUGGUAUUAAAGGACUCUGGAUCUACUCUCCGGCGGUCCUCAAAAAUCUGCUUACUGCAGUCGCACAAAUGGCUGACGAUAGCAAUGUCCCGCGAGGCUUUGACCUCUGUGUGAGCGUCCUCAGUACAGAAUUUCCCGUCACGAUGCUAUUCCCCACAUUGAAGAAUGCUGACGAAUGGCAACGCAUUCAAAAUAAGAUCAAGGAAGCCCUCGCGGAUAAGUUCCUUGACUGGCUGAAUGGCAGCUUCCCCGCCAUCAUCGUGCUCUAUGCGCAGUGGUGCCCAACCAGCAAAGAUGACAAGUAUGACGAGAGUGUUGAUCAAUGGUUCAACAAGUUCCGGGCCCUGAAGGGUUUCUUCCAUAACGAAACCCUCCUCAUCAACGAGCUCGAAGAGGACAUGUCUCAAAUGACUGGAAGAUGGAUUUUCCCCAAGCAGCGAGAGUUCGAUCUCCCUUACGUCAAGCGCACCUAUUCUACGAACUCGAAGACUCUCGAAAAGGACGGCUGGGUCGACGAUGUGGUUGAUCGCAUCGACUUAAUCUAUAACCCGCAUCAGUUGCUCAAUAAUAACCCUGGAGACAAGGAUUAUGAAGUCUACACACAUUGCAAGCUUUCAGUGCAGAUCCAAUGCUAUGGAGGCGACAAUUCGCGUUUCUAUUUAAACCAGGAUAACGGCACCUCUUACAGCUGGAGGGACACAUCGGUUGUCCAGACGCUAGACUGCUUUCAUGAACCGGGCGACAAGUAUAAAGAGUAUGCCGAAAAAUGGCAGGCCAAGAAUGACUCCAUUAUGGUUGGUCCCUCGAGCCCUUUUAGCAAGCAGGACAGACGUUUGCUCUGGGGGUCUUAUGGUGACUGGGACCUGGGGAAGCCGGAGAUUUGGAACUGUUAUUAUGAAGGUGCGGACAAGUACCAGAAACUGGGUAGGGCAAGGGAUAACGCUGAUCCCAACGGUACCUUCACUGCAAACCCAUUCGCUGUUUCGGCUAUUGCAACCAGGGACGCUUAA